GUAUUCUGUUAAUAGCCCUCUAUUAGAUGUCCACUUUCAAGAGAAAGGGUCAUUUCACACUUAGUCUAAAGCGGAUACUACACUAAAAUGAUCCGACCCAAGUCUGAAGAGCGCGAACCAAAAAAAUCUAGCCAAGAGAUGAAAGAAGAAGUUUCCCCMGCAAAAGCACARAAUCAUCACUCCAUAGACGCGAUUCUUGGACGUCCACAGGCGAAACAYCAGAUACAGAAGCCUGGAGCUCACCAAGACGCUUCAGAUGAUGAAGAGGAUCAUAUUUCUGACACCGAACUUAGCUCCAGCGAAACAAAAUCAGACGACAACGGUGGCGAAAGCCCAUCGAAGAAGAAACUUCGUCGCAACMGAACGACUUUCACAACAUACCAGCUCCAUGAACUUGAGCAGGCUUUCGAGAAAUCGCACUACCCUGAUGUUUACACACGCGAAGAGCUUGCUUUGAAAAUAAGUCUACCUGAAGUGAGAGUACAGGUCUGGUUCCAAAAUCGACGCGCAAAGUGGAGAAGACAGGAGAAAAUGGAAAUGGCUAGUUUGCAGGACCUGCCUUCACCAUCAUUAACACGCACAAGUAGUGGCUAUGGAAGUCUUUCAUUCUCCGAUAUGUGGAAAGGCACAUUGCCGUUUGUUUCAAGCGCAUACGGAUCACUUUACCCCUCUGCGGGAUCUGGCUCACCAACGGCUAUCGGGUACUUAACCCCGUAYGGUCCRUCUGCCUUAGCGGCUUACUCCUCUUAUCUACCACCCAUCGGAUGCCCGAGUGCUCUAUCCGAGCUCAGCCUGUCCGCCGUAAGCCCGAGUAGUUCKACCUCAAGYUCAAGUCCUACAGAAGAAAGUCGAUCAUCUAGCAUCGCAACAUUGAGAUAUAAAGCUAAAGAACAUUUGGAGACAAUUCGAAAGACCACUAGUUCGACUUUAAGCCCUCCGGCCAGUUCGGUUGAAAUCGCCAAUUGAAACUCUCAACCGGAAGUCAGAUUACAAAAAAAAAUUAACCGGAAGUUUAAAAAAAGAGAACAGCUUCUCUAAGUGGACUUCUAAAAGAAUCACUUUGGGCGAAGUAGGGUUAAUAUUAAACGCUGUGAAAUUCUGUAGUGUUUUUGAUUUAGUCAACACAUGCUUUUGGUGAUCGUGAUAAGAAUCGAAACGGAUUUGAAUUGUAAUCCCUAUCACAUUGAUCUCUUUAAUGGGAAAAGAUGGAAUCACGGUGACAUAUUUAUUUGAAACAACGGAACAAGAUAAACUAAGAGAAAUUAUCUGAUCUCGCGUUAGAUGUGACUAUAGAAAUACAUCGUAUGACGUCAUCAAACAUGGCGACUACAUAGCAAAGAUCGCGAAUAACUUGCAAAAGCGGUGAAUAUUGUUUUUAAAUAGCAAAAUAGCUCAAAGAUGAACUUUAUACAUCACGACUUAGCGUUUCCCUACACAUUUGUGGUAAAAGUUACUAUUGCGCUAACUUGCGAGGAGAUGGUUUUUUAAUUCCUCGUCAUGUGCGAGGAAAGUCAUGGGUUUUAAAAAAUCAGGAACUAGUGCAAAUACCUUUAAAAUAAUUUUAGAAGAUACGAAAAAAUGCUCGAAAAUAAGGUGAUUGUGAACAUGAAAUCCCUUUUGCAACAAAAUUAUGUGUAGUUAAAAAGUUGCAGUGGUUURUGUAUAUAGCUUACUUUAAAUUUCACCUGCUGUCUUUCUUUUAGRAUUAAGAAAUAUUAUUGACAACUUGGAUAGUAAUAAAUGUUUCACUUUUUCUAUGUUA